AUGAAUCCCUCUACCUCCCGAGCCGCGGUGCGGUCGAUGGCUACCUUGACACAUGCGACCAGAGCUGCCAACCCCGCAGCCCGCGCUCUCGUGUCGGCUGCUGCUCGUACCCCGGUCUAUGCCAGCCGGGCUUUGAGCACCAGUAGCCGUCUCGGUCAAUUCCCCCGCCUCCAGGUUCUUAACAACAACAAGAGAGCUUUCAGCACAACCAAGAUGUCUUCCUCUUCUCGCACUGAGAGCGAUGCCUUUGGCGAGAUCCAGGUCCCCUCAGACAAGUACUGGGGUGCCCAGACCCAGCGCUCCCUGAGCAACUUCAACAUCAACCAGCCCCAGGACCGCAUGCCCGACCCCGUUGUUAAGGCUUUCGGUAUCCUCAAAGGUGCUGCCGCCACUGUCAACAUGAAGUACGGCCUUGACCCCAAGAUCGGUGAGGCCAUCAAGCAGGCCGCCGCCGAGGUCGCCGAGGGUAAGCUGCUGGACCACUUCCCUCUGGUUGUCUGGCAGACCGGCUCUGGUACCCAGUCCAACAUGAACUCCAACGAGGUCAUCUCCAACCGUGCCAUUGAGAUCCUGGGCGGCGAGAUGGGCUCCAAGAAGCCCGUCCACCCCAACGACCACGUCAACAUGUCGGCUUCCUCCAACGACUCCUUCCCCACCGUCAUGCACAUCGCCGCCGUUGUGGAGCUCGAGAACACCCUGCUCCCUUCCCUCAAGGGUCUGCGCAACGCCCUCCAAGAGAAGGUUGAGGCCUUCGACCACAUUAUCAAGAUUGGUCGCACCCACUUGCAGGAUGCUACCCCUCUCACUCUCGGCCAGGAGUUCUCUGGCUACGUCGCCCAGCUGGACCGCAACAUUGAGCGCGUCGAGGCCAGCAUCCCCCACCUGCGCUUCCUUGCCCAGGGUGGUACCGCCGUUGGUACUGGUCUGAACACCUUCAAGGGCUUCGACGAGGCCGUUGCCGCCGAGAUCUCCAAGAUGACCGGCACCGAGUUCAAGACCGCCCCUAACAAGUUCGAGGUUCUUGCUGCCCAUGACUCCAUCAUCGAGGCCUCUGGCUCCCUGAACACCCUGGCCGCGUCUCUGUUCAAGAUCGCCCAGGAUAUCCGUUACCUCGGCUCUGGCCCCCGCUGCGGUCUGGGUGAGCUGAGCCUGCCCGAGAACGAGCCCGGCUCUUCCAUCAUGCCCGGCAAGGUUAACCCCACCCAGUGCGAGUCCCUGACUAUGGUCUGCUCGCAGGUUAUGGGUAACCACGUCGCCGCUACCAUCGGUGGCAUGAACGGCCAGUUCGAGCUGAACGUCUUCAAGCCCGUCAUGAUCCGCAACCUGCUCCACAGCGUCCGCAUUCUGUCGGAUGGCAUGGACAGCUUCCGCAAGAACCUGGUUGAUGGUCUUGAGGCCAACGAGUCCCGCAUCAACGCCCUUCUCCACGAGAGUCUGAUGCUCGUUACCUGCUUGAACCCCGUCAUUGGUUACGAUAUGGCCUCCAAGGUCGCCAAGAACGCCCACAAGAAGGGUCUCACCCUGAAGGAGUCCGCUAUGGAGCUUAAGGCUCUCAGCGAGGAGGACUUCGACAAGCACGUCCGCCCCGAGCUGAUGCUCGCUCCCAAGGAGUUUAAAAACUAA